AUGCCAGAGGCGUUCUUCUCCUGUGCAUGCUCAACCAGACAGCUAUACUAAUUUGUUGUCUUGCUAAACUCACUCCCCUAAUUUCUUCUUGGCACCCCAACUUCACAUAAACAUAUCACUAUAUAUUGAGGGUGCUACACAGAUCUCAAUCCACCAAAUUACCUCCUUCUCUUUAACCAUUCCGUUUGAUGAUGGAGCAAACCAAAGAGAAGAUGGUUACUAGUGUGGAUUCUUCUUCAAAUCAUGUUGAAGAAUUCCAACCAGAAAAACAGGAUAAGGAUCCUGGUGUUCCAAGAAGAACUGUCUCAAACUAUUCUGCCAAAAAGUUAAUGAAGAAGAAGAAACUCAUAAAAAAAUUGAAAGAUGAGACCAAAAUCUUGCAGGAUGAACUUGCCGUACUCAAACCACAAUAUGAGAUACAAAAACAGUAUUUGCAGCGUUUAAUGGAGGAAGAGAAGGCGUUGCUCAAGGAAAUGCAUGAUCUUCAGGAAAAGGCAUUGCUCAGAAAUGCUAAAGGUGAGAACAACAUGAACACAAUGAAAUCGCUGCAGGAGCUCCGACAAAAGCAGCUAGAGCAAUUGGUUGAGCUUGGCAUUGAUCCGCUUGAUCCUGUGUUCAGUGCUGCACAAGAUGGAGGAAGUGGAUCGAAGUCUUCAUGAGGCAAGGAAGAUGGUGACAGCUGCUAUGCAUGAAAUAAAGGAUGAGACGAUGUUGGAAGAAGAACUAAUAGGAUUUCCAUUUCAUGUUGUUUGUAGUCUCUGAAAAAACAAUGUUGUUUGCAUAAUGUUGUUUGCAUAGUGGUUGUAUAAGUGGAGGUUUAAUUUAUUUAAUGUUUUUCUUUGAUUAA